AUGCCGCGAUCAUCAUCCGGAGAGCCUUCUAAACCGUCCAAGCGGAAGGGCACUCGAAGCGUCUCGACUCUGACUCCAGCUCAGCUGGCUCGCAAGAGGGCCAACGAUCGUGAGGCCCAAAGAGCUAUCCGGGCCAGGACCAAGGAGCACAUUGAGCGUCUGGAGCGUGAACUGGCCGAGCUCAAAGGAGUCCAGAGCCGCGACAGAAAAGUACAGGAGCUUCUCCGCCGGAACAAGAUCCUCGAGGAGGAGAUUGCAAGGCUCCGGGAACACUUGGGCUACACCGCCACGGAAUCGUCCUAUUCCUCGAAUGCCGCAGGUACGCCAAGUACCAUCAUCAACAACGCUCGUGACCUUUUCUUCGGACAACUAACCCCAAGCCCAUCAGUCUAUGACGGCGAUCUCAGCUCCAGCAGCGGCGCCGUGCCAAGCCCCAGGGUGUCGCCUCUGCCGUCUGGCGACUUUCACCAGAUCCCCGACUAUGCACAGCAAUCCUAUGGACACAUCACCAGCGCCGCCAGCGAGCAAUGGCCGGCAUCUGUCCCUCCUAACCCAGUCCUUGGCAACAUUCCCAGCCCCUCAUCCCCCGCCCAUGGAGACGAAUACAACGUGGGAUACAUCCCGACAAGCGUCCCUACGUCCAUGAUGCCCUCUUCCCUCAAGGAGAUUAAGCAAGACUACGACGAGAUUGAUCACAACAGUGGACUCAGACUCAGCACCCCAGCCCUGCACAAUCUGCCGCCGACUUAUAUGCAGCAGCAACACCAACACCAGCACCAACACCCGCAUUCUCAGCCACACCCGCAACACCAACCUCAACACCAGCCGCAGUCGCAGCAAGCGCCGCCGCCGCCACCACCGCUGCACUCAUACGCCCAUCAAAGCCAACCGCCAGCUCACCCUGCACACGGCGCGUCGCCUCACACACCGCUGCAGCAGCGAAGUCAGUGGAACAACCCGUAUUCAUUGUAUUAG